AUGAAUAUUGUUCUUAUGAGUAGAUCAACACAAAAGCUGGAAAAAGUUGCAGAGGCUAUUGGUUAGUAAACAUUAAUAUGUAAUAAUAAAUGCUGUAGCUGACUGCUCAAAAUAAAAUUCAAGUUAUCAUGGUCUCAGCCUACGUUAGUUGAUUCUCAAUUUUCUUUUAUACAGGUAGUAGCCGUUUUUAGUCAUGAUAACCAACGUUAACUAAAGUUUGUUUAAUGUAACAAAUUUUUUUUUGCCUUCCAUUCACAGAAAAGGAAUUUAAAGUCCAGACACGCAUUAUCCAAGUGGACUUUGGCUUGCAGGAUGUUUAUGCAAACAUUUCUUCAUCACUAGAAGGACUGGAAAUUGGUAUUCUUGGUAUGUGUCUGACAUAAAAUUAUAUGCGUUUUUAAAUAAGCUGUAGCUCAACCUUACCCUCCAAAAUUUCACACUGUUGAUGUAAAUCUGUUCAGAAUCCUUUCAGAAUUAUACUCCUUCUCUGAAUUGACAGAUUUUAGACGAAAGAUAACAAAGAUCAAAUGUACAAUGCACUGAAGCCACCAAGGAACAUGAAUUUCUAUGUUUGUGGUUGAUUUUAUAGAGAGCAUGUCAUUUUUGCUGUUGCACUGCCCAAAUUUGCAACAAAAAUUGAACUUUUCUAAAAAGGCCUGGGCCACAGUCGCACUAGAGCAAACUUUUUUAACUUCAAAAAUUUGGCAAUAAUUUUUGGGAGAAAAAAGUUUCCCAAUUUUAAUGCAGAUCGCAUUACACAAGAAUCAUGUAUUCCAAAACUUCACUGACUGACAUAUAUCAAUCACAGACCAUCUUCAAGGAAAUUUCUUGCAUUACACACUUCAGAGAAAACUAUGAGAAAACGUAACAGGAGAGUAGAUUGCCGCUUUUUAUUUUCACAACAAAAUUCCAUGGCAGUUUUAAUAGUGGUUCUAAUACUGGAGACUAUCAACCUUCCUUUAUGCUGUUGCAGGGCUGUCACUAAAAUUUCAAGUUGCCGGGUAUAUUGGGUAUAUGCAAUUAGUAGGAGGGGAAUGGUGCCUCCAAGGCAGCACUUUGAUUUCUUUGAACAUUGGCAGAUUCAUAAAAAACUGGAUAGAAUCUUUUAUUUGGGUUGCACUUAAUUUUCGUGAUGUGUUGACAGGUGAGGUACUUUAAUAAACAAAAUUUGCUCUACUGCGACCUAAGGUCUUACUUUAAUUAACAAUAUGGAGAAACACCAACUCAAAGAAAUCUUCAUCUGGAACCCCAUUCUUAUCAGAUGAAAUUAUAAGCAUUGGUUUACAUUGUUAGUGUGGACUUUUUGAGGCUAAAAUUGUGGGGCAAGUUUCUUCAUAGCCAUAACUCAAAAUUGUCCCCUAAUUUUAAGUACCAAUUUUUGUUUUGCUAGAUUAAGUUCCACUUGAUUUAAACUGGAACUUUCUCACUCCCCUGUUUUAAAUUUUUGACAGUGAACAAUGUUGGUGUAAUGUAUGACUACCCACAAUACUUUCUUGAUGUCCCUGAUAAGGUACGUUUUGAGUUUCAUUUAUUUCUUGACAAAGUUUACGUGGUGCAUAUUAUUUGUUCCCUCCUGGUAUUUGCCUGCUGAAUACCAGGGAAAACGGACCUCAGCCAACAGGAAAUAUUUGAAGUACAUAAUUUAUAGUAAGAACUUUUAUAUUUUUUUUAUAUCAUGACAGAAACUUUAUGACCUGAUAAAUGUUAACAUGACUUCUGUGAUAAUGGUAAGUAUGAAUAUGGUUAAAUGUUAGUUAACUUAGGAACUUGGGAACACAAAUGUCCACUCUGCGAUGUUUGUUAACGGUGUUUGUAUUGCUGCACUUGGGUAAUGAGGCUGGUUCAGCGGUAUGUUCUGUACCAUUGCACGUGCCUACACAGCAACAUUAUUUGUAAGCAUAACUUUUGAUUUGUAUGGUGUUUUACAGCUUCUCCCACCUUCACUCUCCCCUUUUGAAGACCCGGUCUGUAUCUCCUGGAACUAUUUCUUCCUCUAUAGUUUUUUUUACUCCUACCGUUACACACAGCCACUUACUCAAAUCCCAAUGCCUGAUCAUGUGGGUACAUUUGAACCAAGACUGCAGCCAUUUAUGGUAAGCACUCAAUCUUGAUGAUCCUAUAAAAAAAUAGGGGACUGUGAACAGUCUGUUAUUCUUAUCAAAUCAUAUGGUAUUAGUGUGAUGGUUGCUAAGGUAGUGGGAGGGUUUGGUACUCAUGGCUUGAUUGCUUCUGGGGACCCAUUUAAAAAUGUGGGUUAGUAGAUCACCUCAGGUAUGUGUUUGUAGUAAAUUAGAACCCCAAGCAUUUAAGGGCACCUACCCUCUUCUUGUGAUGUCCAGUGUGCUAGGAAACCAUUUCAUGGCCUUAAUAAUGCGCUUUUCACAAGGAGAUGUCUGCCUCUGUCUUAACCAAGUUGUGUCAAUUACAUUUUUCUACCUUUGCUAUACUCAAACUACUCUGUAGUAACUCAAAAUAUUUAUCUUGCUGCCUAAUAUGGGUGAUAAUCAGCAACACUUUGCUUUUCAGAUGACUUGUAUUGUUUUACCCCACAUGUGCAAAAGGUAGGCCUCGAUACUGGUCACAUCAUACCUCUGAAACAGACAUCAUCUCAGUGUUUUUGUACCUCUUACAAGGUUUUCUUUGCUGUCUCCAUGCAGGAAGCGUGGUGCUAUCAUUAACAUGUCAUCUAGUGCUGGUCUGCUGCCAACUCCUCAGAUCGCAGCUUAUGCUGCAACUAAGGUUGUUUACUCAUUUGUUUUCUUUGAAAACGUUACUUUGUGUUAUAGAAUUUAUGCAAGAAGUAUAAAGAAUAGUAUGCGCAUCGGACUAAACUCCCGGGCCCUUUUGCUGAAAGGCCAAAAAGCACUGAUCCAGGAUGAAAAUUUCAAUCCACAAUUGUAUUAACCUUCCUACAGAUUUGUUUUGAGUAUCAAAUUGGUUUAACAAAACUGGAUCUCUAGGUAAAGGCUCGACAAGUGUUUAUAAAAUUUCAUAGACAAGAAAACCUUGCUUAAAAUUUGGAAGUUAAUCGUAAUCUAUGAAGUGAAUAAGGAGGAUACAGUAAUCAUUGUGUCAUUACUGAUACUAGCCUGGGACAAAAUAAAAGAUCUUGGGUCUGACAGGAUUCGAACCAAUUAACUAUGGCGUUAUUACUUAUGUUUUUUGUAGGAGUUUGUCGACAGCUUUUCUCGUGCUUUGGCUUAUGAGUAUUCUUCACAAGGUGUCAAAGUUCAGGUUUGUUUUACCGACAUUCUAUAAACUCGAGUGGGUAAAUACACCUACAUGUCAGAUCGUCUUCGCCUUUUGAAGAGGGCAUAUGGUAAAAAAGUAAUAAUCUAGCAUACUUGGACUUUCCGCUUGUCACGUUUUAAAUGAAGUAACACACAUCCAUUUGUUGUUUUGUUGGUGAAAAAUUCAAUAUCAUUUAUUUUAUUGUAUCACGCAAAUCAGCUAAAGUUGUAGGCAUGGUAAAAAUAGACGACUUUGAUAGGUGUGUACUAUUUAUAAAUCUGUCUUCUAGUUAAAGUCUUUUUAUCACUGACUUCAAAAGGGCUUUGAGCUCCUCCAUGUGCUUACUUGGGUGCUCAUUCCCAGUGACGCGCGGCUGUGGCAGUUGACUUGUAAAUACUUGUUUGUUUUUCUUCUCUUCACAGUCACUGAGACCAUUUUAUAUCGCCACAGCGAUGACAUAUGGCACCAAGCCAAACGUUUUUGUUCCUUCUCCAGAGAAGUACGUAAAGAAUGCUCUUCGAACACUAGAAUUGUCGACACGGAAUACAGGUUACUGGAAUCACGAGAUCCAGGUACUACCACCUACCUACUCUACUUACCUAAAAAGACCCCUGUUCACAGACGUGUGUGGAGAAAUAGAACGAGCGCUAAGCGCAAAAAAAGGUUUAACGAAUUCAACCAUCCCACCCCUUUUCGUUAGUAGUCAAGAAGUUUCUAGCCUGCCUUCCAGCUGGACUAGUCACUCGAGAUCUAGAUAGAAGCAGUCUAGAAGUCCCCGCCCCCCGCUUUUUAUUUUCAUAGAUGUAAAAAAUAGACAUUCAGUUAAUAGGUUUAAUUAGGAGUGAGCCCGGACACACUGACGCCUAGAUUUAAUCCCCUCCCCUUACUUACAGCCUUUGCCUACUGAAAUCAUGCUAUGCAGAUACUGUCGUUGUGACUCUCCUCUUCUAAGGAGACACAUGACACAUAAAUAUUGUAACUCCUAUCAAAUAAACCGACUGGUCUUAUUGUAACGGAAUCUUAUUUAAUUCUCGGUACCCGUGUUGUGUUACGCGCUAGUUCAAUGUUCCUAAAAGUUCAAUUGACCAGAAGGAUCGUUUUCUUCCAACUUCUUUAUUCCUUUGGUCUUUACACUGAAGUGAAGCGGUCGACUGAAAAGAUUACGUUAAGAAAUAGUCUAAGUAUUGUUACGUUCACAGCCUGAUCAUAAUUAUAAUUGCUCAAUGCGCACGUGGUACAUGUAAUGAAACUUAACAGCACAAGAAACUAGCGACAAUCUCAAUUUGAUCUUUCUCACAAGGGGUCUUAGAUGAAACUGAAAUGCGAGCUACAUAUAUGCUUAACUAAAAGCGUCACUAAAGUUACGUCAAUCAAAUCUGAAAUUUUUCCACAGCUUUACCGGAAGCUGUUACACUUAUCAGCUUACAAUUCAUGCUAGAGGCCAAUCUUUGCCAGUCAAGUAUAUUUUGUUUGUGGUUGUUUGUUUUCAGGCAUGGUUCCUUGGAUUCUGUCCCGAAUGGUUGUGGAUGUGGGCUGGCAGCAUUUUAAAUCAGCAGAUUCGUAGGAAUGUUCUCAAAACCCGAAGAUAA